AUGCAAAAGUCUGAUAAAAAAAAUAGAAUUAUACAAGGGACAAAUGACGCGUCUAUUGUUUCUAAACGUUCUGCAGAAUAUCAUGGUUAUCCCUUUUCUAAAAAUCAAUAUCUGCGAGCAUUUGUUAAAAAACCAAAAAGAAGAUCUCCAAUAAUCAACAGAGGGUAUUACAUUCGUUGUAAAGCAAUAGAUACAAUUAUACAAAAUUUUCUUUUAGAAGAAAAUAAUAUGAAAAAAGUUGUUAUAAAUUUAGGAUGUGGAUAUGAUUCUUUGCCAUUUCGAUACAUUUCAGAAUCAAGGUUCAACAAUGUAUUAUUUUUUGAUAUUGAUUUUCCAGAUCUUAUAGAAAAUAAGAAAUCUAUAAUUGAAGAAGAUCAUGAAUUGAAGAAAAUGUCUUUGAAACAUAUAUUAUCUUCCACAAAUCAAUUAGAAUUACAAUACCAACUUAUCGGGUGUAAUCUAGAAGAUAUGGAUUCAUUAAAGAUAAUCCUUAAAGAAAAAUGCCCGAAUCUUGAAACUAUGAAUAUAUUAUUUAUAUCAGAAGUAGCAAUGGUAUAUAUGGAAACGAAAUUUUCUGAUAGAGUGAUAAGUUGGGCAUCUUUUUUUCCUUAUGCAAGUUUUCUUAUUUUAGAACAGAUUUUACCAUCUUCAAAAAAUCAUCCUUUUGGAAAGACUAUGAUAUCACAUUUUAACAAACUAAAGACACCUUUGUAUUCAUUAAAUGAAUAUUCUACUCUUGAAUUACAAUAUAAACGGUUCUUAAAUAGGGGAUGGAAAUAUGUAGAAGCAUUCGACUUAUGUACGUUUUGGUAUUGUGGUAUUGAUGAAGAAACAAAAGAUAAAAUAAAUUUAACAGAAGAAUUUGACGAAUGGGAAGAAAUAAUAUUAUUUCUUCAGCAUUAUUGUCUUUUAAUUGCUAAAAAUUUUUCAUCAGAAAAACAAAUUUUUUUAAAUCCUCCACCCAAAGGUUUUCAAUAUUUAAAUUCUAACAAACCACGAUUUUUGAACAAUCAUAUAAUUAAUGACUUUAACUUAGACUCUUUAUUAAAAGCUCAAAAGAUUAAAGGAAAUAUGCUAUUUCAUAGAAAAUUUGGAGCAACUACAUUAUUUAAUCAAAAUUCUAUUAUUUACCAUGGCGGUAUUUCUGAAUUAGGUCGUGAUGAAAAAAUAUUCAUAAUAACAUAUAAAGGAAAUGUGGUUCCUGAGUUCAAAACACAAUCUUUAAGCCCUCGUGUAUGUCAUACUUUGGACUAUUUUUCUCAAGAUAAUGUUUUAUUUUGUGUCGGUGGAAGAGAAUCUCCAUCUAAAUUAUCAAAUUCAGAAGAAUUUAAUCAUUUAGCACAAAAUACAAUAAAAACAGAGUAUCAUAUCAAUCGUUAUAGACAUGGGAUGGUUAAAAUUACUCUUCAAAAAGAAACUAGAUUUAUAGUAUUUGGAGGUAAUGAAAGAACAUAUCAACUCGCGGAUAAAGAAUGGAUGAUAUGGAGUCACAAAAAAGGUUGGGAAUUGCUAGAAAUUACUUCAAAAAAUAAAAUACAACCACGAUCUGGAAUGUGUAUGAUUUGGUUGCCUGAGAGAAAAGAAGGUAUUAUUUGUGGAGGAAUGAAUAAAAACGGGAUUAUAUGUGAAGAUAUAUGGACAUUUAAAAUAAACAUUUUGGAUGAUAAAUGGACGUUGGAACUUAUACCGUGGUCUAAUCUGUCUAUCUUAGAUAUUCAACGUGUAUCUCGAUUUGGUGCAAAAGCAGUAAAUGUUUCGGGAAUUUUAAACGGAAAUGUAUUAAUUGCCGGAGGUGUAUCUAUGUUUCAUUGUAUUUCUUGGAAUGAUCAAUUUAUACUACUUAAUUUAGAUAAUCAAAAAAUAACAUCAUUAGAUUUUAAAAUUUCUGGGGAUGAACCAAUACUUAUUGGUUUUGAUAUUGUAAGAAUAAAUAACAGUAUAAUUAUUCUUGGCGGGGGCUGUGUAUGUUUUUCCUUUGGUGCUUAUUGGAAUAAUGAUAUUAUAACAUUAUUUGAGUAUAGUUUACCUAAAGAGUGGUUAAUUUAUGAACAUAAAAAUACAGACAUGCAUGUGUCAAAUUUUACUAAUGAGUCUAAUAAUUGUAAUAUCGAUAUAUUUGAUCCAACAAUUCUAAACCAUAUAAAUCCUAAAAUUGAAAAUAUUUCUAGUAUAAAAAUUACAUCUGAAGAUGAAUGGAAAAAAAUAUUAGAAAAAAAUAUGCCAGUUGUUUUAAAAGGAUUAAAUAUAGGGACUUGUGUGCAAAAAUGGACUCCAAAAUAUCUUGUUUCUCAUAUUGGAUCUACACGUAAAGUAAUUGUUCACAAUGCAGAAACUAAUUUUAUGAAUUUCCAUGUAAAGAACUUCAAUUAUGAAACUAUGGAUUUUGGUAAAUUUAUGGAUUCUGUAUAUAAAGAUGAAAGUAAAUUAUAUAUGAGAUCAAUUUCAACAAAAAAUCCAAGAACUAAGCCAAGUCUUUUAGAAGAAGAUUUUUUGGAAAUUUCAAAAGAUUUCACAAUUCCUCCUGAGUUAUUACAAGUUAUAAAUCCAAAUAAAUUUUCAUCGCCUCUUCGUAUUUCUAGUAAAAAUAUUGGGAUGUGGCUUCAUUAUGAUGUAAUGUCUAAUAUUCUUAUUCAAAUUCAAGGUUCAAAAAAAGUUCGAUUAUAUCCCCCUUCAGACAUUUUAUACCUUCAGUUUCCUCCUGGUUCAUCAUCUUCUAAAAUUCUCAAUAUAUUUACUGAAAAAUCUACUGACUUAAAAAAUACUCAUCCUUAUGAAGUUAGUUUGCUUCCAGGAGAUAUUCUUUAUAUACCUGCAUUUUGGCACCAUGCAAUUUAUUCAUUAGAACCUUCAAUAAGUGUAAAUGUGUUUUGGAGACAUUUAGAAAGCCAAUAUUAUGCAACUACAACUAAUGAUGUCUAUGGUAAUCGAGAUCUAAAAGCAUAUGAAGUUAGUCGUGGCUUAAUUAAAAAAAUAGUUGAAAAUUUUAAAGGGCUAUCAGGAGAUGAAAAAAAAUUCUAUUUAGGAAGAUUGGGCGCAGAACUUAUUGACAUAUCUAAAAUAUAA